AUGGCUCAAUCUCGUGCAGACACAAAAGUCGUUGUGGUCGGAGGAGGUGGUACGAUCGGUUCCUCAACAGCGCUUCACCUCAUUCGCUCUGGAUACACUCCUUCGAACAUCACUGUCCUUGAUGUAUACAAGAUCCCAUCACCGCAAUCUGCAGGCCAUGAUCUCAACAAGAUAAUGGGUAUUCGGUUGCGCAAUGGGCCUGACUUGCAGCUUUCGCUGGAAUCCCUCGACAUGUGGCAGAACGACGACUUCUUUAAGCCCUUUUUCCACCAAGUUGGCAUGAUUGACUGUUCGUCGUCAAAGGAGGGCAUCGAAAAUCUUGAACGGAAGUAUCAAACCUUGCUCGAUGCGGGCAUAGGGUUGGAAAAGAGGAACCUUUGGUUGAAAACCGAAGAUGAGAUCCUGGCUAAAGCACCAAACUUCACGCGGGAGCAAGUCAAGGGGUGGAAAGGCUUGUUUUGCAGUGAUGGAGGCUGGCUUGCUGCAGCCAAGGCUAUCAACGCGAUCGGAACUUUCCUUCAGGACCAAGGUGUCAAAUUUGGGUUUGGAGGUGCCGGGACUUUUAAGCAGCCUCUUUUCGCAGCCGAUGGAACAACUUGCAUUGGAGUCGAAACCACAGACGGAACCAAAUACUUUGCUGACAAGGUUGUCUUGGCCGCUGGUGCUUGGAGUCCAACUUUGGUGGACUUGGAAGAUCAGUGUGUCUCAAAGGCCUGGGUGUUUGCCCACAUUCAGCUCACGCCCCGAGAAGCGAAAGAGUACAAGAACGCGCCCGUCGUUUAUGAUGGUGAAUAUGGGUUCUUCUUUGAGCCCAAUGAGCAUGGGGUCAUCAAAGUCUGCGACGAGUUUCCUGGAUUCUCUCGAUUCAAACAGCAUCAACCUUACGGAGCCACAUCUCCCGAGAUGAUAUCCGUACCUCGAUCUCACGCCAAACAUCCCACAGAUACCUACCCGGACGCCUCGGAAAUCACUAUACGGAAAGCGAUCGCAAGAUUCUUGCCGAAUUUCAAGGAAAAAGAGCUCUUCAACCGGACAAUGUGCUGGUGCACAGAUACAGCCGAUGCCAACUUGUUGAUUUGCGAGCACCCGAAGUGGAAGAACUUCAUUUUGGCCACUGGAGACAGCGGACGCGGUGCCCCGGCAAAGGAUCUUGCGGACAUGCCGGGAUGGAAGCAUGAUGCAAAGAUGUGA